AUGGCCAUGGAACGUUUCCUUGCUCGUGCCUCCGGCUUCGUGAACAAGACCGAUGUGACCCUCGAUGAGCUCGACUUGGGAUGGCUGGCUCGCAUCCGACUUGGCUUUCAGAUAUCUGCGAUUGGCCGGCAGCAGCAUUACGAAGGCUCCGGAGAGUUGGAGCUGAACCAGCAGACGUUCCGCAGCCUCAGCUUCCUGUGCGAUGCCUCGCCGAAGGCUUUCAAGGAGUUGUGGUGUCCAAUCGUCGCAACCAACGACUUGGCUGUGCCGUGGGUGGUCCAGCGGCUGAGCGAUCUCCUGGCCACAACCGCCGACACGAGCUCGAAGCUCGAAGCAGCACAGGAAAUUGCAGAUGGUCUGGCAGGCAAAAUGAUUGAUGACAGCCGUGCCCGGGCGAAGCAGCCAAAGAGCCUCUCCAAGCUACAGCAAGCACGGUUGGCGACUCGUGAGCAAGUUCAGGCCGUGCUCCAUUCGUUGGAGCUGCUGGAUGUUGAGCUGAAGCCGGGCAAUGUUGGGUACCCAAGUGCCAACCCGAAAGAAGGCACUCAGCGACGGUGUCAUGAUGGCAAGCCCUUUAUGUAUGAUGUGAACAAGGGUGAGGCUGUAUGGCUGGAGCUGGAAGAUGAUGACAGAGUCCGAAUCAUUUUGAACCCGGAUGAAGGGUCGGCGCUUUUCGCCGGUUUUCAGUUCCUGGCAAAUCUGAAGUUGCCUGUGGCUUUCCGACGUGACGAGCUGCACAAGCUGAGCAAUCACUUUCGUCGAGUGUUCAAUGCCUUGCCAGAUGACACUUUGCAGCAGCUCUUUGGGGCCGCAGUGUUGGAGGAGAAUGGCUUCUCCCCGUCGGGAGAUGAGCGCCUGGACUUCGACCGGAGAGCAUUCAGCAAGUUCCAUCAGGGCCGCUGGCUCUCGUGGGGGUUUUCCGCCCAGUCUUUCACGAGAAAGUACACGGCGACUCUCCUGGCCGUCCUGUGGACGGGCAUGGAGGAGGGCCGCAACCCGCUCGUAGAGCAGAAGAACGACCGCUCCUACGACCGUGUCCUCGACCUGUGUGUCAAGGCAGGAUCAACUGGUACGCCGCAACGGAGUGUUCAAUGUUCUGUCGUGAGGCCUUGUUGGAUGAAGAGGCUCACAGCUUGUUUCAGUCCGUGGCGGAAGUGGUGA